AUGACAAAUGUUAUUAGUGCGAAUACAUCAAAUUUUACGAAUCAUAGUGAAGUGACACAGACGCGUGCGUUUGAUUUGUAUGAAGCGUUCAAAACCAAGGAGAGCGAGCAACUGAGUGCGUACAGAUCCGUCGCCUACGUGUUCGGAGCUAUUAUAUUUCUAAGCAACUUAACUGUGGUGGUGUCUAGCGGUCUUAUACUUAGAAAAGGUCAACAACCAAAAAGCACAUACCUCCUGCUCGGGAAUGUCUCGCUCGCCGAUACCAUCGUCGGUAUCUCCAUCAUAUUUGGGGCCAGUGUAGAAAACACUACGAGCUCUAAUCCGCUAUGUAUUUUUCAAAUAGGCAUGCUGGUUUGCCCAGCGAUGGUAUCAAUCUUCAGCGUGGGAAUGAUCGCCGUGGAUCGUUAUAUCUACAUAUUACACGGACUCUAUUAUCAAAGAUGGUUCAACACCACCAAAGUAAGGAUAGGCAUACUUUGCAUAUGGAUGAUCGGUUUAUUUAUUGCGAGUUUGCCAGCUAUGGGGUGGACAGGGAGCACCUUCAGAGACUACAGAUGUUGUCACCAACUGUAUCGUGUGGCGGGACCAUCGCAAGAAAUUGGAGUAUUAGAAUCCCAUCUAGAUAUCAUAUCGCUAUCACCAGCAGCUCGUUCAAAAUCUGGACAACUUGAGGCCUUGGUAAGACUGUCUCCAGAAGAUAAACAAAAAUGGCUGCAAUACUUCAAUCAAAAGCAAAUAUCUUACACUAUAAUGGUGGAAAAUCUAGCAGAUAUUCUUCGCGAUGAAGAAGCAAAAAAUAUAAGAGCAAAGUAUGACUCGAAACAAAAUGGCAGCUCAAUCUGGAACGCAUACCAUGGACAUGAAGAGAUAAACAAUUACCUGGACGAUCUGGCCGAGCAAUAUCCAAACCUAUUGACAGUUGUAAACGCAGCUCUGACUUAUGAAGGUCGUCAGAUCAAAUACGUGAGGAUCUCUACAACACGAUUCGAAGACCCCAGGAAACGCGUGGUUGUCAUUGAUGCCGGCAUGCAUGCUCGUGAAUGGCUCCCGAUACCCGUGGUUCUGAACGUUAUCCACCGGUUGGUGGUCGAUAUAGUGAACAACCCUCAGAUAGAGUUAUUGGACUGGGUGGUCAUCCCGUUAGUAAACCCCGAUGGCUACGAAUAUUCAAUCGCAGAGGAUCGCUUCUGGAGUAAAACACGCUCGAAAGGACAUGCAAAUGGCGACGCAUGCCCAGGAGUCGAUGUUAAUCGCAACUUUGAUCACUAUUGGGGUACCAAAGAAGACAAUACGGACCCGUGCUCUCUUACUUACGAGGGACCAUCUUCCUUCUCCGAACCAGAAACUCGCGUAAUAAGAGACGUGAUUAUGACAAAUAUAAACAGAGCGGUACUAUACAUUUCGCUGCAUAGUUAUGGAAGCUUAAUAACUUAUCCUUGGCGACAGAAUGGUACUCUUCCAUCAAACGGUCUCCUCCUGAAUGUUGCCGCAUUAAGAAUGGCGGCAGCUAUGGAUAAUAUGGGUAUCACAAUAGAACCUUACACAAUUGGUAACGCCGCUUAUAUCCAGUACUUCACUACUGGAACUUCUACUGAUUGGACUCGGGCUGUUGGCGUCCCUUUCCCUUUUAACAUUGUACUUCCUGGUAACGGAUAUGGUUUCCUAUUCCCGCCAGAAAAUAUCGAAAACAUAUGUGCCGAAGUUUGGGAAGCUAUUAUCGAGGGAACCGAAUACAUUUUGUCUAUUUACUAA